UUGGACGAUGACUCCGCCUCACUAUCUCACUCUCUACGACGACAACAAGUAACUACAACGGCGAAUUUUUAACGGUUUUUUUACGGCGGCUCGGGUCUAUUGUGGAGUGCGGAACUGCGGACUGUAGUAUUGAUUACUUUCCGUUCUAACUUAAAUUUGUACAACGAUCGGUACAGAACGUAAUUGAGUUGUGACUUUUUAUAGUGAUAUAGAUCAUUUUCUAUUAAUAUGAUUGUUUUACCGGUUUUGUGAUUUGUUUUCAUUUCGUGAUGAUGUAGAACAACUAGUCACCCAGUUGUGAGAUAACGCAUCUACCUACCGAAGUUCACUCAUAAUCCUGUUUAAGUUUGAUUCCAUUCGUUUGUAAGAUUCGUAUCCAGUGACUGUCAAUAUGUCUCAAUUUGUUACUGAAUUUUCACCUCCCGUGAAAUUUAAAUCAAAGCACGAAGAUGAAGAAAAUACAGUACUUGAUUAUUAUAUGGUAUUAGCACCAUUUCAAAAGCAGACUCAAGUAGAAUUUUCAAACAUAAAAAUUAAAGAAACUGCUAUUAGAUUUCUGACAGUUGCUAACUUGUUUGACAAACCUAGACAGUUUAUCUUACCUCAUUCAAAUGAUGGUAUAUUCUUUGAUGUUUAUGAGUUCACCUUACAACCAAAUUCACAACGUAAACUAUCAAUUACUUGGCAACCAUCUGUAUAUGGAAACAUGCGAAAAUUGAUUAGAAUAGAACAAGUAGAUAACAACCGAAAAUAUGAUUUUAUUGUUUUGGGAAAUUGUAUUGAUCCUUUACACAAGAAACUAAAAGGUACUUCUGUAACAUUGGCAAAGUCUAAAAAUACAGAUUUAACUAAAAAAAGAUUUAAUAGCGGAAAGAACAAAAUAACCUUAAAUAAAACAAGAUUUGUUCGUUGUGCAUCAGAAAGAGUUCUUUUAGUUGAUAAUGCUUCAAAAAUAUCUGCACCUAUUUGUGCUGAUGCUUUAGAAUCACCUAUGAGACGGCAAACCUAUUUAGUUGGAGAAAAAGAAAAUAUACCAAAUUUGGAAAACAACAUGGUUAACCAUGACACAAUCUUCAUUAGUUCUGAUUAUGGUCUUAAACAUUCUGAUAAAAUUCAUCAAAGUACUACAAUUAAUAAUCCCUUAAAUACUCAAAGAUCAAAUUGUGACGUAAUGACCGACGAUUCAUUAGACGAAUCACUCAAUAAAUUAAUUAGCACUAAUUCUCCAUUUAAUGACUUCUUUUUGACUCCAUUAAAAAGUACUGAAAACUUACUAUCUCCAUUCACUACCACAAAAAAAUGUAUUAAUUUUGAUAUAGCUGAUGAAAACACAGCUUUUACUUCUUUCAACACUUCACCAUUUAAGCCAAUAGAUGCUUCAACUGCAGCUAAGACUUACACUCCUGAUAAUAGAAAACCUACUAGAAUAUCAGUGAACCUUUGUGAGAAAUUUAAAGAAAUACCAAAUAACAAUUUAAAUAUUGAUAAUACAACUUUUAUUAAAAAUAUCAGCCCCGACCAAUUUACUUUGCCUUUAAAAGUUGAACAAUCUUUUAACAUAUCACAAAAUCAGGAACGGACUACUACUCAGACACCUAUGCAUCAUACAAAAAUUAUUUCAAGCAGUACUAAGCCCAAAAGACCAUCAUUUGUUCUAAAAAAUUCUCCUUAUUACAAGUGUAGCCCAAAAUCAUCAAUGAUUUCUAAGAAUAGAUUGAAACAAUACAGCAUUCUUAGUCCUCGAACUGCAAAAAAACAUUUGAGAACUCCAAAAUUAGAUAAGUGUGAUCAAUACCUCAAGUGCUUAGCAAAUCCAGAACUAGUCUAUCACAAUAAUGCUGAAGAUCCAUUUUUAAAAAUGUCUCAAUAUUAUGAAUCAGAAUGGUUAGAUCGCCAAGAAUCUGAUAUGAUUCGAUGGUUAAAUGCACUGCUUAUGCCUACUGAUAAGUUAGCAGAUGAAGAACAAAUAAAUGAUUUAGAGCAAGCAGCAGUGGCUUGGACAGAAGCAUCCAAGACAAGUCAUAGAAAUAAGCCUAUGCAAUUUGCUACUCAAAAAGAUCUUUUUGUAUCUCAAAUAUACAAGCAGUCUCCACAACAGUGGAGCGCAUUACGGAAAGCAACUUCAAAUCUUAUUACAUCUACAAAUGUUGCAACUGUUUUAUCAAAAUUGUCCAUAUCUAUAGAAAAAGAUCUUAUAACAGUACGAGAUGAUCGUCAAAUACAUUUGGAUUUAAAUUUAAAGAAAAAAAUUACGGAUUUGUUAAAAUGCUAUAAUCCACUGUGGUUACGAAUUGGUUUGGAAGCAGUGUAUGGUCAAAUAAUCCCCAUAAAUUCUGGAUCUCAUGAUUUAGAUGGUCUUGGAUGGUUUAUUCGUAAAAAUUUGUUUAAUAAUGAUUUCAUCAAACAAAAGUUUACCAAAGCUACUGUUCUUCAAGUCAACCUUCCCACUUACAACAUUGCCAUGAAAAAAUUUAUCUUGAGAAAAAUAUUUAUGCUUGUAUAUUUUUUGGACCGUGCUAAAGAACAACAAUUAAUUAGACAUAAUCCAUGUCUUUUCAAAAUAGACUCCCCUUUUAAAAGCAGCUAUGACUUCUUGAUGGGAUUUUGUGCUGACAUGGUAACAGCAAAUGGAGAUAUAAAUCGUCGGCUACGUAGUAUAGGCUAUAAUUUGAGCCAUAAACAGACUCAUUUGGAUGAAGUUAAUUAUGCUGUUAAAUCAUUAAAUGACCUUAGGGAUGGAACGAGAAUCACUAGAGUUGUAGAAAUCUUGUUCAAAGGGGAACCAUUGUCACAGAAACUAAGACUUCCUGCUAUAUCGAAACUGCAAAAAAUUCACAAUGUUAAUUUGGCAUUAACGAGGAUAUCUGAACAUAUUAGUAUUGAGGGAAAUAUAAGUACUCGUGACAUUGUAAAUGGUCACAGAGAAAAAAUGUUAUCACUAUUCUGGCAAUUAAUUUAUAAGUAUUUAACUCCUCGGUACAAUAAAGCAGCAGUAACAAUUCAACAUUGGUGGCGCAAUAACAACCUCAAAUUAGUAAUUAUGAAAAGAAUUAGAGCUAAGCAAACUUUUAAACGACACUUAGCUGCUGCAAGAAUACAAGCUUGUAUUCGUGGUUAUUUAACCAGAAAGCAUUGGCCUCAUACGCAAGCUAAAUUGAUUGAAAACCGUGAAAAGUUACAUCUAGCAUCAACUAAAAUCAAACAAUACUUACAAGAUAAACUUAAGCUUUUAACUGAGGAUCGAAAACAAUAUAUAAUUUUAAAAAGAACCACGGUGUUUGUUCAAAGAAAAUUUAGAUCCAAAAUUGCAAUGAAAAGAGAUCGACAACAAUUUAUAAAAAUUAAACAAUCAGCUUUACUAAUUCAAAAAGUGUAUCGUGGUUUUAUGAUAAGAAAAUACUGGUCACAAAUAAAAAAUUCUCUUAUAAUAGAAAAGAUAAAUCGUAUUAAUGCCAUAAAUAUAAUCAAACGAUCUCUAAGAAAAAACUUGCCACCAACUGAAGAUGAAAUAUAUUAUAAAAAAAUAAUGCAUACAACGGUAAUUGUUCAAAGAAGAUUUAGGGCUAAUAAACUAAUGAAAGUACAGAUGGAAGCAUUUAUUAAACUAAAGAAAAGUGCAAUUGUCAUACAACAAAAAUUUAGAGCAAAACAAGCCAUGAUUAAACAAAAAGAACACUAUUUAAAACUUAAAAUGUGUGCACUCAAGCUACAGGCUGUAACUCGAGGUUAUAUUGUGCGAAAACAAUGGUCUGUAUUACAUGCUGAAUUGCAAGCGAAUAGAAUGCGUUUAACCAUCUGUAGUAAUAUUAUUAAGAGAACACUCAGAAGUAAUCUUCCGUUAACAGAAGACCGUAUUAAAUUUCUCAAUUUAAAAAGAUCUGUCAUCAUUAUACAAAACCGUUUCCGUGCUUUGAAAGAAAUGAAACUGCAAAGACAAAAAUAUCUAAAACUUAAAACUGUAACAUUGAAGCUGCAAAGUGUGGCUAGAGGAUAUAUAGUAAGAAAGCAAUGGCCAUCUUUACGAAAUGAAUUGAUAGUAAAACGUCAGUAUUUGAUUAAUUCUAGUAAUAUAAUUAAAAGGGUUCUGAGAAAAAAUCUUCCAUUAACAGAUGACCGAAUUAAAUUUCUUGAUUUAAAAAGAUCAGCCAUUAUUAUACAAAACCAUUUCCGUGCAUUAAAAGAAAUGAAAAUACAACGACAAAAAUAUCUAAAACUUAAAACUGUAACACUGAAGCUGCAAAGUGUGGCUAGAGGAUAUAUAGUAAGAAAGCAAUGGCCAUCUUUACAAAAAGAAUUGAUGGUAAAACGUCAAUAUUUGAUUAAUUGUAGUAAUAUAAUUAAAAGGGUUCUGAGAAAAAAUCUUCCAUUAACAGAUGACCGAAUUAAAUUUCUUGAUUUAAAAAGAUCAGCCAUUAUUAUACAAAACCAUUUCCGUGCAUUAAAAGAAAUGAAAAUACAACGACAAAAAUAUCUAAAACUUAAAACUGUGACACUUAAGCUGCAAAGUAUGGCUAGAGGAUAUAUAGCAAGAAAGCAAUGGCCAACUUUACGAAAUGAAUUGAUAGUAAAACGUCAAUAUUUGAUUAAUUGUAGUAAUAUAAUUAAAAGGGCUCUGAGGAAAAAUCUACCAGUUAAUAACGAUCGUUUAAGAUUUCUUGAACUUAGAAGAGCUACAAUUGUUAUCCAAAGUAGAUUCAGAGCUAAAAGACAAUUAAAAAAAUAUCAGACACUACGUAACAAUGUUAUCAUAGUUCAAAGAAGAUUUAGAGCUAAUGUGGCAAUGAGACAACAACAACUUAUUUAUCAAAAAAUCAGAGCAAGGAUUAUUCGACUACAAGCAUUCUUUAGAGGAUAUUUGGUGCUUAAAAAAUGGCCAGAGACUAAAUGUGAGUUAGAAGCUAAUAAGAAACAAUUAAUUUCUGCUAGUAACACAAUAAAAAAAUUCCUGCGCCUAUGCUUGUUACCCACCCCGGAUCGUUUAAGAUAUAUAAAACUAAGACAGUCAGUGAUGAACCUCCAGGCAAGAUAUCGAGCCAAUGUUGCAAUGAAAUUAGCAGAACGUGACUAUUUAUUAUUAAAAUGUUGUACAAUCACAUUACAAAGACGUUACAGAGCACACAAAGCCAUGUUGAUGCAAAAACAGAGAUACGAGCUUCUGAAAAAGUCCACCAUCAUAUUACAAACUCAUAUUAGAGGAUAUUUGGCACGUAAACGUUGGCUUCAGUUAAAAGAUAAUAUGGAAGUUGAACGUAGAUUAGCUCUUGAAACUUUAGAGUGCAAACGGUUGUUAGCUGGCCAUGUGUUUCUAUUUGAGUUGAAAAUGAAAAUGCGAGCUGCCGUUCAGUUACAAAUUUGGAUCAGAAACGUUAUGUUAAAUCGUAAACAUUUACAGAAGGAGAAUGUUGCGGCAUCGAAAAUUCAAGCUAUUGUAAGAGGAUUUUUGGUAAGAAAGAAAUUGCCCAAGAUCAAGGAAGAAUUACAUAUUCAAAAACUUGUGCGAGCUGCUACUUUAAUACAGGCAAUAUGGAGAGGUUAUACUGUAAGAAAGAGGUAUCAAUGUAGACGACAAACUAUUAGAUUCCCUAAAAAAGGUGCUCUCACAUUGGGCAAACGACAUAAUGACGUGGUUGAUGUAUUAAACAAGCAAAAAAGAAAUGAAUAUUCCUAUAGGGAACUUACUACAGUUUUCUGGAAUUUAGAUACAUGUACAACCUUAUCCAAAGAGCUGUGUUUGAAGACAUCAGAAGGUACGAUUAUUGACUACCUUUUUCACUUUUUGCAUUAUUCCAAUCAGUCUCAGCCUAGUCUUGAAGCAAGGGAGCCAGCAAUCCGUGUGUUGACAAAUUUACUUAAAUAUCACGAAACCUCUUGGCACAUCUGGGUGAGAACUGUAAAUGCUGAUAUGGUCAAAGACUUAAUCAAAAUGAUGAAGACGUGCUGUGGCAAAAUCAGUUCCAAGAAAUUGUAUUGUUCUAUUGCUACUUGGCUCUGGAUAGCUUUACAAGACCCAGAAAAGAAAAUUUAUAUCAAAAAAAUUCCAUCUGCUAUAGUAGACUUAAAAUUCAUGAUGGAUACUUUGAAAAAAAGAUACACAAUUUCUAAAUUGGACAAGAAGACCAUGGUGUUACCUUCGACACGGCCUACAUGGAGUAUUGGCUCUAAAUGUCAAAAGUGUUUUGACUCUGACUACUUUGCAACAAUUGAGAUUUGCAAACUGUUGAACAUUUAAAUAAUUAUUUCAUAUUUCUUACAUUUUUUUCUAUUUAUUAUAAUUUUUUUUAUUAUUAACUGUUGAUUUUUUUUUCUUUAUCUGUGUAUAUAUUAUAAUUAUUACUAUAUUUUAGGAAUUAAAAUACAUUAUUUUAUAA